UAUCGAUCAGCCACGACAUAACCGCCAGUUAGCUUUUGAUCGGUCUUUAUAUGUUUAUCUCCACCAGUCCUAGAAAACUACACCACUACCGUAUUGUGUAGUGUCACUUGUAGUUUUGACUUUACAGGAAAACGGUUUUGACGUCGCUUGUCUGCCCGCCUUCCCGUUCAGCUAACAUUAGCUUAGGUAGCCCGCUAUGGUUGCGUUGCUCCUUGGAGCUAAGUGGACAUCCAUCUGAGGAGGACAGGAUGUCCAGCGACCUGGUCGGAGUGUGGGAGGUGGCGCUGAGUGACGGAGUCCACCGAAUAGAGUUUGAACAUGGCACUACCACCGGGAAGAGGGUCGUCUGUAUUGACGGAAAGGAGAUCCUGCGGAGGGACUGGAUGUUUAAACUGGUGGGGAAGGAGACCUUCAACGUGGGCGGCUCCGACACAAAAGCAACCAUCAACAUCGACGCGGUGAGCGGCUUUGCUUACGAGUACACGUUGGAGAUCAAUGGGAAGAGUUUGAAGAAAUACAUGGAGAACAGGUCAAAGGUCACCAGCACCUGGGUCCUCAACUUGGACAACAUUGACUGCAGGGUGGUCCUCGAGAAAGACACCAUGGAUAUCUGGUGUAAUGGGCAAAAGAUGGAAACAGCAGGGGAAUUCGUGGAAGACGGCACGGAGACCCAUUUCACACUCGGCGACCAUGACUGCUGUGUCAAGGCGGUGAGCAGUGGGAAGAGGCGAGAUGGUAUCAUCCAUACACUGCUUGUGGACGGCACAGAGAUCGCUGAAUGCACCGAGUGACUCUUUGUGAGUGCGUGUGCGCAUGUUUGUGUGUGAGUGUGUGUGCGCACACAUGUACCUGAACAUGCACAUUUGCAUUUGAGCAGAAGCAGAGACCCAUGGGUUUGUGUUUGAGUGCGAGAAAGAGAAAGGGGGAUAAGGAUGUUGUUUGUAGAUAAAGCUGUUAGCAGACACAACAAAUCGGGGAUUGUCUGAUGGAAUGGUUGUGUCCUGCUAUGUCUGAGCCUCCUGCAGAGGAGACACCCCCUCCCCAGCCAAAUGUGGGCAAAAGUUAUCAUAUGAGUCUAGUAGCUGAGGGCAGGAGGUGCUGUAUGGACAAGCAGGAGAGCCAGCCAUAAUGGGAGAGGGGAUCUCAAAAAGGGAAUAUUUGUCUUAUUUUUCAGUUUGGCUCAUGUAGCCUAAUUAAGGGGAAUACAACUUAUCAGGAGUGGUCAUGUCCAAUAUCAUAUUGACACAUUUUCUAUGACUGAUGCAGCUAGCUGAUCUCAAAAUAUUUCAAAUCAUAAAACAUGCUUUUUUGUUUGUAGGCUGCUGUACAUGGCUGUUGUGUCAAAAUAUACCCCAAAGGGCUCCAUCUGUAACUCAGUGUUGUUUUGUCUCGUGUUCAAAACAUGUUGUCAAGUCAAUGAAAUGCUUUAGUAGGCAGAUCCAGGUAAUACAGUUAAGUCCGGGUAUAGACUCUUCAUGCCAUAUAUCCAGAUACCACACACCUAUAUACAAAGUCAGUCACUCACAAAUUUCCACAACAUAUUUUGGGAGACAGGCUAUAGUCAAUGGAGAUUUCCUUUAUGUUUCAUAAAGCUGUUAAUUGUUGAAAGAAUUAAAAUAGUCUGUAUUAAAGACUGAAUGAGCCCAACAUUUUUGACAUGUAACAGAUGCAAAAAGGCUGAUCCAUUGCUUAGGAUGUCUUGAGUUUUGUUUACAAUCUGUUUAAAGACACAUUCACUUAUUGUUGCAUAUUGGUAAAAUGCAGUAAGGAAAUGUUCAUGCUUAUGUAGAGAUGUAGGGCAACACUCCUAUCCAUGAACAUUGGAUUGUUAUCAGAUGGGUUUUUACAGAAUACACAGCCAGUUAGUUAGUUGUGUUGCUGUUAUCCUUAGAAUCUGAGAGAGAUGUAUGUAUAUUCAUUUGCAGUCCUAAAUAUGUCAAGGUAUAGAUUAUUAAUAUUUAAAGAUUUACAUUUUACUCUGUCUGGCAAUGUUACACGUUUGUGAUAUGUAUAAUGUGUUCAGUUGGUCAGAUGUUAUUUUAUUAAAUCUAAAUUCUUUCA